AUGAUGAUGCGCCUCCUGGCGCUCGUCAGCACCGCCGCGGCCGUCAAGGUCACGUCGCGCAACGCCCUGGUCUACAGCACCGUGACCCCGAAACUAAGACUGCAGGGCGAAGGGUUUGCAGGCGACGGCACGAACAUCCACCUCACCUUCGUGCCGGCGUUGGACCCGGCCAAGUAUUCGGUCCUCGUGACGUCGGAGACGAGUCUCUCGGUGUUGCUCAAGGGUUCAGCGACGUGGCCGCUCGGCGAAGGGUUAUCGGAGUCGUCUUUGUACCUCACGGAGUACAGAGACGACACGCAGGGCGACCAGAAUUUGCUGGAGGAGCCCGUCGUGGCCGCGACGGUGUUGAGCACACCUACCGUAGUGAAACACGAAGAUCGGCUCCUCUACAUGUCGGCCUCGCUGAAACUACUCAUAAACGGCACGGCCUUCCGCGCGAAGAAGACGCAGUUGACGUUUGACCCGCCGCUCUAUCAAGAUGUCGAUUAUGUCCUACAAAUCAAGUCGCCCAAGGUGGCUCAAUUGUCGCUAAAAACGGGGCGCAAGUGGAGAUCUGAUGGCAAUCCAGGACCCCUCAAACUCAAGCGCAUCGACACCGGUGCUGGGGCAUUAAGAAUCGACGCCAAAUUUGGGGGAGUGACGGUGGCCGAAGUGCAAGCGAACCUCGGUGGACAUGGUGUUACGGUAGAAACUACGUCAGAUAAAAAAUACUACCAGUCAGCGCCCGAGCUCAAAGUUAUUGGUCAUGGUUUCAACGAGACGGCGCCCAUGAAUCGACUCCGGUGGGGCAACAAGCUCCAGGGCCGAGGCGUGAACUAUACCGUUACUUCCGCCACCACAAAUGCUCUCACGCUAUCGCUAUUAGCUGGUAGCAAGUGGCGGCCGAACGCCGCGAACCUACCUGGGCCGCUCACGCUACUCGCGGUCGACGCCGGCGCGGGCCUCGUGCCGGUCGGUGCCACGGAUGCGAAGAAGGGCCGCGUCGUCGCGACGAUCUACGCGGAUCCCUCGCUCCAUUCGGACCAGACGCGGGAGAUCUACCGGACCUUGACCCAUGAGUUAUGGUUAGUGGGUGGUGGCUUCGUGCGCGGCUCUACGACUGUUAGCCUUGUUGGGGAGUCUGCGGACGGUUCUUUGGAGCUGAGGCCCUUCGUCGACUACUUGUUAAGUGUCUUCAAUGCUACCCAUGCUAGAGUAGCUUUAAGAGAUGGGAAAGCGUGGGCGUCGAAGGCAGGAGGCACGUUAAAAUGUGUCGCACUCGACACGGGCGCCGGCCCGGCCCCGACGGUCUCGAAGGCGAUGCCCCGCGUGCUGGGCACGAUCAAGGAGGACGCUCUGCACGAGUCCGGCGCGCAGAUCUCGCCUACCGCGUCUACUCAAACUUUGUACGAGACUCCUGCACUACGCCAUUUAAAGAUCUCCGGGACCUCGCUGUGCAAGAAAGGGUAUAGUGGAAAGGACGCGAAGGUCGAAUUCAAGCAGGGCAUCUCGUCCGACGUCUUUUCCGUCACGAAGGCGUCGCCGACCGAGAUCCAGAUGGAAUUAAAGGACAAGCAGCGCUGGCCGGUAGGUGUUCUAUACGUGACGCAGAUCACCUGUGGGGAUAAAACCAAAAGAACCUUCGCGAACGGUCAAGGUGUCGGCGUCGCGACGGUCCUCCGCGAUCCUGUGGUUGACGCCCACCCCGAGCUCAAGCUGUACGGCACGCAUUCGAAGAGAUUGGUGGUGCGAGGUUCGGGCUUCUCGCCGGACGGCACGUCGUUGACCCUAGAGCCAACUAGAGCCGCCAAGUACAGUGUGAUCGAGGCCACCGAGUGGUCUGUAACAUUGGAACUCAAAGAAGAUGGAGCGUGGUGCGACGACCUGAAAGAUGACAAAGGCGUCGAGCUCAAAGUAACCAAAGUAGAUUCGGGUGCGGGCGAGGUCAUCUUCGACAAACCGAUAGUUGUGGCGACAGUCGUCAAGGAACCGGAUGGUGAUAUCUGCGACGAUUCCUGCGAGUGGGCCCUGGACGGUGUGUGUGACGACGGCACGCAGCCGGCGGUCGAAGAUGAUGAGUAUGGUUGGGACGAUGACUGGGGGGGGAGGUAUGGGGACGACAACUACUACGCGGGUUUUUAUGACGACGCUUACGGCCAGUAUUGGGACGACGAAGGUAGUCUACCGGCCUGCGCCUACGGCACGGACUGCACGGACUGCCAACCGUUGCAUGGGGAUGCCACACAAAAAGAAGUUGAAGAAGUAGAAUGCGACAACACGUGCGCGUAUGCUAGGGAUGGCUUCUGCGACGACCCGCGCCAGGGCGGAGAAUGCGCGUUAGGAACGGACUGCCAGGACUGCGGUCCCGCGUCCAAGGGCAACUUCAGCACCUACGAGGACGACACGUGGUGGGACGACGACGAGAGCAACUGGUCCGCUCGCGGCGUCCCACGUCGGUGCCUUCACUUCAAUACGACUCGUCUCCAGGAACGAUGGAAGUGGGUGGUUUCUUUUUCGAGUUUGAGGCCAUUCCGCGCAGGUACUGGGACGACGACUACUUCGCGGACGGCGACGAUGAACGAAGGCACUUCGAGGACUGGCACGACGACGAGGAGAAGAAGGCUUCUACCGUAGGGUAUGUCAAGUCCGCGGACCCUUUUGCCGUCGAGCCCGACGAGGACACUGGGGCUGCGGCCACUUUACUUGUUACUGCCUUACUAGUUACUGGCGCAUUACUAGGGUGCUGCGCCGUCGUGCGCGUGGCUCGGGGCGACCGCUGUGUCGUGAGGAAGGGCAACGAAAAAGCCGACUUGGCGCAGGCGUGGUCCGAGAUGACGGAGCGCCAGGACAAGAAGAAGGCCGACGUGCCGAUCACGCCGGACGUGACCUUCUCGGGCGCGAUGGCCUGA